GACAAAACACGCACUGAACUAAUUGAAAAUGGCCACCCCAACACUUCAUAGAUACACACAUAAAACCCAAAAGCAACAGAGAAGACCCCGUCUCUAUGCCAAAGAAGAUGCUUUACAAGAAUGUGAUCUGGCAGACAUUGAAGAAGAGAAUAUCAAAAGCCAUGGAGACAAAAUGUUUUGCUUCUACAUACUCUCUGUUGUCUAUGCUUCUUAAAGCAAAUAUGUAGAAAUGAUGGCGCGCCGCGAACAACAGUCAGAACAAGGCUGUCAUCGACCCAGGAGAAAUUUGGCAAAGUCUAGUGACGAUAACGUCUUAGGUAUAUCAUGGAAAGAAGAACAAGAGUUACGCAAAGCUAUGUACGUUUCGUUAAGAGAUCAACAGCAGUCAAACGCUGAAGCUAAUACUUGUGAACGUCUUCGAUCUCUGCGCUCCAGUUCUUCCAGCAUGACGCGCAUCACAUCACCUAAGAAGUUAAGGUCAAAUAUAGUAAAAUCCCGAUCCGCAGUUGACAAUAAACAUGCCAGAAAAAACUAUCGCUCAAUGCCGCUUGUUGAAGAUGUCAACCUGACGGAAACUGACUUAAGAACAAAAUUUCAGAAAAAAGAACUGUUAAAUUCUCUCCCAGUCAGCGGUGAUAAAGCCAGUAUCAAGUCAGCUUUUGUGGAGAAUCAAUCAGACAGAGUCAAAAUUCCACAAAACACUAGCCGCAUUCGGUUGCGCGACCUGCCCAAUAGAAGAAGUUUGGUUAGAAUUUCUGAUGUGGAUAACCAAAUGGGUGAUGCCAACAGUACCAACAGAAAAGCGUCUGGUUCUUCAAGAGCAUAUGAAGGGAGCGGUGGAAUAUCUUCUAUCGCCUCACCUGGUUGUAGUCGUCGUCGUACUUCGAUAACCGCUUCCAAUAAUGCGAAUUCCGAUUAUUGCAGUACAAAUAUUAGUAGACGAAAAAAUGUUGGAAAAAGAAAUUCGUGUUCAUCACCCAUAGGAAAAGAAUCUUUCAAGUCUGAGAGUAUUGAUAAAUACGCUACUUGCAGCUCUCCGAAGAAAUCGCGAACACAGACUUUGAAGGUAAAACGAAGGUCGUUAGUCGCUGCAGUUAGUCCAGUAAUCCCCGCCAAAGAGCUUAACGAUAGUGCAUCGAAAUGCGUUAGUAAUGGUGAUUGUCAUCGGGAUUUUCAGAUGUUUUUGAAAUCACAUGAUAAUUUUCCAUCAGAAGUUUGGCAAGAUCAUACAGGUCAACCUCCUUUAGUGUCUGACUUUAUUAAAUUUCUAUGCAAUUAUGAUUAUGAAGAUCCUUGUAAUCCAAAUAAAGAGUGGUUCAAUAAACUUUAUAUCUUUCAUGGAAAAUCUCUUCAACGGGCCUCACAAAGCAGUCAACCUUCAUCCAAAUCAUCAAAGAGAGGGCAACUCAAUAGCAACAUAGUGAAUUCAACUACAAAUAUCACUGUCGGAACGUCACAACAAACAAAAUCGCCAGCAAGUGUCAGAACAAGUGGUUUGCGUAUAGCCAAAAAGUUUGCAUAUGUUCAGCAACCACGAAACACUUGUUCUGUUCACAGGCCCAUUUCCGCCUUCCUCAAAAGUGAUGUCAUUGACAAUAAACCACGGACCAAACAUCCUUCAACUACACAGCUAUGUAACAGGCUCAGGGCACUUGAACAUUGUUGUGAAGUUCAGUAUUCCAUUGGUAGUUGUUGAGUUGGUAAUAUAUAUAUGCUCAAUUUUUUCUCAGAAGAGGUGUCUUUCUCGAGUGAUAAAUCUGUAACACAUAAAAAUAAGGUUUCUGGAAAACGAUGAUGUUUAACCUUUCUCAUGUGUGACUUCAAUACAUGCAGUGUUCCGAUUCUUUUUGAGGUACGGGAAAAUAAUACGGGCCUGCAUAUUGUGAAGGCGAUGUAGCACCGUAAUACAUAUAAGAUUGUUCUUUUUUGAAGUGUAAUAUCAUUUGUAUUUGAUGCAUCAACAAUAUCCUCAUUGUUGUGUAGAUGACUACUUAGGACUCUCGCCGACCAUGCACAUGGUCAGGGGUUCGACUCCCUGCUGACGCACACCUGAUAUCUAUGGUCGGCCUGCAAAAUUUGGGCUACCGAUAUCAUAUGCUGAAAAUUUCAUACUUGUACCAAAAAUACGGUGUGAAAUCAAGCUGUAAUAAAAAAAGUACUUUCAAGUAGGGUGUUCAAUUUUCUGUCCGUUUAGUUGUACUGUGUGAACUUCAUAUCAUGCGGGUAGUGAUUUUGACGUAAUUCAAAACGUCAUUUCUAUUGACUAAUCAAGAGGACAACACUUUGGUGAUCGAAAUCCGAAAUGAUACUAUGAUCGGAAGUCAAUCUAAGUCAAUAGCGAGUCUCGUAGAAUAAUAGUGGUAAUUCCAGUUUCUCCCAUACACAUCCGCACACUGUACAAUAAGUAACUCAGUGUGUUUUUCCUAUUUCUGUAUGAGGAAAUGACAGAUUGACUAUUCUUGUAUGCUGGUCGUGCUAUGGUAACCAGUAAGUCAGCGAGAAGCUCAUCAAUGGAAAUAGUGCAAGAUAACUCACAUGUGAAAUUUCUUUUUAUGAUUCACAUAAGUUUACUUGUUCAGGUCCAAUAGGUUUCUUUUCGUCGAGGUUGCAUGAUACCAAACUAAAGACCGUUGGCAGCCGUUUUCUUUUUGCAGUUAGACGCUAUCUGUCUACAGGUGAGAACCUGAAAGGUGUUGAGUGGAUGAGUAAAAGCAGGUAAUGAUUUCCUAUGUACAUCAGAAACUCGCAGCACCAAUAUAAAUGCACUGUCAACGGUAUUUGUGACUUCCGUUGUUAUAUGAGGUGUUUGGAAUUCGCGUUAUUUAGCCCGAUUAUUUUGUGUGAAACAUAGUACAUCUCUGAUGAGCUCCUCUGAAACGUGCGUAACGACCAUUUGAUGUUUGCGUCACUUCACGAUGAGCACAUUCCAGAAGACCAGGUAGUCAUGGGACUCCGAUUGAGGUUGGAUUGGUCAUGUCUCCGCUCUUUGAUAAGUUUGUGGGCAAAGUUCAACAAUAGCGUCCCAAGGGAUGCGAACGCACGAGUGACCUUCAGGCAGCCAAUCAUAAAAAUGAGGAAUUUUUGCACGAAAAAUGACGUAUAUUCACAAGAAAAUGCAUGAAAACACAUUAAACGGAUUAUCUUUUUCUGACAUGACUUAAAAACACGUCCCAGUUAUGAUGAAGAGUAUCAGUUGCUAAGUUGGACUAGUUUCUGUAGAUGUAUUCACCAAAUUGACUGAAGAUUGGCUGUUUUGUGAAUCGUUCAUCUCUCUUCUCUUGCUGUGUAGUCCUCUCCUAAGCCCUCGGUUUAGUUACUAUGGUUUCAGUAAGAGCAUUGGCGACUACAUACAAGGAAAAUGAGGAUAAAAAAACAAGUUGAAAUAAACGACAACCCUAGCCUAAAUCCUGACCCUAACCCUAAAUUUCACACUAGCCCUAACCUUAAUCCUAACCCAAAUGACAAUCCUUAUCCUGCCGUAAAUCUAACCCUAAUCCCAAUUAUGACCGUAUCCCUAACCCUAACCCCAAUACUCGCCUUAACCCUAAUCCUAACCCUAACGAGAUGUUAACACAUUGUCCAAACAGUAAUUAAAAGCGUUAUCUGGGUGAAACUUGCUCCUUUUUUAAUGAAUAGAGUUGAUAUUUCAGCUAUGAUGAUUGACAGGCACCGUUGUCCAACGACUAGCAUGCGUUCAAGGUCAUUUGAGCGUUUGCACUCCUGGGACGCUAUUCUUUUACUUCGCCAGUUUGUGAACGUUGACAAUACACUCAUGGUGUCAAACAUUUGCUAUAUUUUAGGAAAUAAAACCGGUAUAUGAGUAUGAAAAUGACUUUCGCGCUAAUCACUGUAGAGGUAUUUUUUAAUAAAGCCCUUUUAUUGAUUUUUGAAGUUAAUCGCUUUAUUAUAGCUUAGUUUGUCCGUGUAUUUAUUUGUAACGAUGAUUUACUGUGCUUUCUUUUGUGUCUUUCGACGGGAAAACUCUGAUAAUUUAACUUCUGUGCAUUCUGUUUUUGGAAUUGAUCAAACACACACUUCGUAACGCAUCAAUAAUAAUUGGCCGCCAAAUUUCAGGUCGCUCUCGGAUGGAUUCAAAGUUAUUCUUUAAACUGACUAUUGAGCUUUGAAUGGUACUGAAAAAGCGGGUUGCAUUUGUCAUCAUAAUUUCCGUUUUUCACUUUAUAGAUUAUUAAUAUUCUUAGUAGUAUUGUAUUAUAUUUGUAGUAUUCAUGUUUGGAUUCAGUCGGAAUCCCCUGUUGAAAUUGUCCCCACUUUUAGUUUGUUUUGAUAAAAUAUACAUUUGUAAAUCUUA